GACACCCUGAGCUGCUUCCUGACUAUAAGCCGCAGGUGUGGCUCUAGGUGAUCAGUUUACUGAGUCACAUCCAACGGAGACAGCAAGAUUAAAGGACGCUGCUGGCGGCGUCCAUUUUAAUCUACAAACAAGAACACGAUGGUGGAAGAUACAAGACAGCCGAAAACUGCAGCAUCCCUCCAGGCUGGACCUGUUGAGGUUGACCACAACACUCUUUAUGCAAUCAAUAUGAGAGUUACUCAGCGUAUUGGACGACGGCUGGCUCAGAUAGGGGAUGAAUUGGACAAUAGAUGGCGUGAACAACUGUCCAUCCAACGGCACCAUCUGAAUAUAGGGAUAUACCCUUAUGUCCUAACCAGGAGAGCUUUCUCUGGGAUCCUUGGAAACAUUUGGGGAUCUAAGAUUAAACCAAUGCUGAAAACCUCCUGGCUGAUUCCACAGCUUCAUUCUGGCUGUCAGGAGGCUAGGAAGUGGACGGCACAGUGGGUCUCCAACUUGCACAUUUCCGAUUGGUCCCGCAAGACUGCACUCAUGCUGGCCUCUGCUUUUCUAUUGGUCACUGCGUCUAUCUUUCUGGCAACUUGGAAUUAAUAUUAUGGCUGAAUGACAUUGGGUGGGUGGGUCAGCUGGAUAUGGGCAAAAAGCUGGUCUUUGGCCUCACAGUGGUCAUAUAUAAGCAAAUUUCUUUGAAGGCACUGCUUUUCUUUCUCUCUUAUAAUGAUUUUGACUAUUGAAGUGCUGGUUCACACACAUAUAUGUUCCUAUAUGUGCAGUUCUUGGCAAGAUUGUUUUUGUGUUCUGUUGCUGGACAAUUGGGCUAAUGAAUUGUUACCUCUUCCUCUAAAAGCAUUUCUAUAUUAGUAAAGGAAGCUGGACUUUCCAAACCAGAAAUUUUGCGCAAUAAAAAUUUCAAAAUAAAAGCUG